UAGUAUUUUCUCUGACGCAAAGGGUUUACUCUGAUACAAACAUGUCGAUGUCUGGGUUGCUGGUUUCAUUUUCGACAAAUUUCUCCGAUUUUCACACUGGCAGGCUAUGGAAAAGGGCUACAGUGGUUUGAGGAGGACGCGAAAACGUGCACAUUCGUCCAAGUGCCCUUGUUGCUAUUCGUCGGAGGAAGAACCGGAAAAUCAUGCAAGCGCCAAGAAAGAGAAGUUAAAAGAGGGUACUCCGAACAAUGGAAAACGAACAAGCACGAGAAAGAAGACAAAAAUUGUGGAAGAUGAUUGUAAUGAUGUUAAGGAUGUGAAUGAAGACACGAUAAGCUUGGAUGAGUCUGUUAGCAAAACACCCAAAGGAAGCAAACUCAAGAAGGCAACAACACCAGAGAGAUCCAAGAAAAAUGCGAUCAAAGGCAAAACUGAGACUUCAAGUACUUUAAAUGGUGAGGUUUCUAGUCUAAAGAAGAAACAGAAAAGCAAAAUAGCAAAAGAUCGUGUUAUAAAGAAAGCUAAAACUGGCCUGUCGACAUUGAAGAAUCAGAAGAAUGAAAGUAAGGACAGUACAGAAGAGACAGUGUCACAUUCAAGUCAACCAAGGUCGGCAAAGUUAAGGAAAAAUAACACCAAACAAAGUGGUGUUGGAGACACUGACAAGAUAAACGCUGAAGUGAAAGAAAAAUCAGUGAAUACUAGGCAAAAUAUCUCUAAGCCAAAGACUGCAACGUCCUCUAGAAACAGUGGGACACAAAAAUCAAACAGUAAAGAUGUGGCUGGUAGAAAUGGGCUUGCUGAAGAGGAGAAAUCUCUUAGUGAUCUUAAAAGAUCUGGCACUAAAGGAAGCAAAACAGGACAUGGUAAAGUAACCAAGAACAGAGGUAAAACUAGCAGCUCUGCGGAUUUUUCAAGCAGAUCAUCCCAUGAACUGAGUAAAGGGGAAGAAAACAUUUCUCUGACAAGCAGGAAACACCCUAAAUAUAGUGUCAGCAGUAGUAGCCUCUCUGCAAAGAAAAUUGAUGUGUUUGAUCACUUGUUUUGUGAACUAAAAAAGUGCCAAGGAUUUAGCAAAGUAACAGUUUCCUCUGCUGCAGAAUUGCUUCUCAAACUGACAGCUGAUAAGUUGACAAUUCUUGUUCAUGGCCUUCCAUCAAAAAGUGCAAAAAGAAGGGCAGCUUCAAGUAAACUGGUAGGUGAUAAUGUGCCCUCUCCAGAAAAACCCAGAGCAUCUAGCUCUGUUAGUGAACCAAAGAGAAUGCGUACAAGCUCUGAGCAGUCUCUAUCACCUUCUUCAUCAUCUCCAGAGAAGACUGGAUCAGGAAAAUCUGAACAGGUGAAACUAUCCCAAGCAGCUGAAGCAUUAGUCAGCUUCCGUACCAAUCCCACCAUUUUGCGACAGGAGAAAACCGAAGCAGACGUUCCAUCAGCAGAGUCAUCUGAUGUAGCCACCACCAACACUGGCAUAAAUGCAGGAAAGAACUCCAUACCUAAGGACUCGUACACUAAUGAUAAGGUUGUUGAUGCAAACAUGCAAAUUCUGACAACUGCAAAUGAAGUGAGAGUCUCACAGCCUCCCAACAGUAGUUACAUGAGUGCUCCAUCACAGAGUCAAGCUACAUCUCAACUGCAGUCCAGUCUUGUUGCACAGGAGUCUUUGCACCAGCCUUUUAGACUUCCAGCAAGCAUUGAAGCCAGUUUGCAGCAAGUAGCAAGUGCACCACACAAUUUGAUGAACCUGAGUCAGUUUACAUCACAGUUAAGCGCUGUGCCAACAGCAGUGCCACCCCAGAUCAGCCCCAGAUUAACCGCUCCCAGCUCACUGAAUCCUUCCUCAGCCAUUAUGAGCUCAAGAAUGAUGAAUCCAGCAGAGGUGCAAAAUAUACAAGCCUUAUUCUGCAGACCAACACAGCCUCGCAAUAUUCAAGCAUCAAUGGCUGUGCAAAGUGCAGCUCCUUCUCUGCCACCCAGCAGCAAUAACCCCCAAGCCCAACCACAACAACCGUUGAAAGGGAUGGAAGAUGUUGUCAGCUGCGUUGGCUCACGGACUACAGCAAAUUUGUUGUGGAAUAUAAAGCCUGCAGCGCCUGUUGUCUAUCUAACUAGCCCACAGACGCUGAGUGGAGUCAGAGCCAGGAACUACAUACCUCAGAGUGAAGGGCAUUCACCUGUACCUCUUACAACAGGCAUGGCCAGUGUUCAGUCGGUGGGAAUACCGAAAGUUUCUGUGAAUUCUGCUUGCUCCAGUGUCUUGACGCUGGGUAAAGUCACUUUGGUAAGCCAGGCUGUUCCCUUGUCAACAUCUCAGGCUGCCAGCAUGAGCAGUCAGCGUCCAAUUCUUCCCUGUGAACAGAGGACGGCACCUGUGUUUCCUGUUGGAAACCAAAGUGCAUCACAGCUUCCUGUGACAACGAUGAUGGGGCAGAUCGCAAGCAAUAUCCAACCAAUCAGACCUGGAAACAUGCCUGUGCAAUUUAGUGGUUUAGCAGCAACAUCUCCUCUGAAUAUGAGACAAACAUCUGCCAUGGUUGUUACACAAGCACCGCAUUUUACCACAGUACAGUCCACUGCGACUGUAAGUUCAGCAGUGGCAACAGCACCUGUAAGUGCAAAGCAAGCUGUGAAGAAGUUUGUUAAUGAAAGAACGAAAUCGGCAGAACUGAAACGAACAAGUAGUUUAAACAACCUGCUGUUGACUGAACCAGCAGCAUCUACAACAGUAACUGCCAUCAUUACCCAAUCAGGUAACAUCAUGUCUAGUUGCUCUUCACAAAGCCAUACUAAUCAGCCCAUGGACCAGGCAGAAAGGCAAAGUGCCGCCAAACAAUCAGACUUCAAUUUACACCAGGCUGCAUCAGCCCUUCUGAGUAUCAGUUCACAGGAUGGGCUUGAUACUGCCGAUACCUUGCAAGCCGGGGGAGAGGGCGAGGACUCCAUAGAUGAACAUGAUGAUGAGGUUGUGUUUACUAGCAAAGGAGUGUUCCGUGUUGGAGAUGUUGACGUUGACCCAAAAUAUAACAGGAUUGGUAGAGAGGGGUAUACUUGUGGAAAGUGCAGCAAGAUCUUUACUUCCCUCAGCUACCUUGCACGACAUAUCAAGCGAGUGUGCCCUGAUAUGAGUUGCCGGAAAUGGAAAUGUACCAUGUGUGACAAGGCAUUCCGCCAUCCAUUUGGUCUCCAGCAACAUAUCUACACUCAUACAGGGGAGAGGCCGCAUAAGUGUCCUCAGUGUCCGAAGGCAUUCUAUAGUUCAAAUGAUUUGCGAAGACACAGCAGAAUUCAUUCAGGUGAGCGUCCUUACCACUGUAAACACUGUGAGAAGAGUUUUGCGACAACGAUAUCUUUGAAGACGCACACAUACAUUCACACAGGAGAGAAGCCACAUAAGUGUCCUCACUGCCCCAAGACAUUUGCCACUUCAAGUAAACUGGGACGGCACAUUGUGACACACUCAGAACAGCGCCCCUUUGCUUGUGAUCACUGUCCCAAGUCUUUCAACAGAUCAGGUGAUCUGCGACGACACAAUAUGCAUGUACAUGAGUCUCGUGAUAAGCAGUUUGACUUUGAUGACAGCAAUGCUAUGCAGUUAAAGACUAGCAAUAAUAAUAACACUCCAAAAAAUCAGGACAUCAUCAGGGGACAGCCGCAUCGGUGUUCAGAAUGUGAGGAAGUUUGUAAUUCAUCAGCAGAACUAGGGCACCACAUGCUUCUUCAUGAUUCCUCAGUGACAUCUGGCUGUGGUGGGUCGGCAUUAAAUCACAUCACCUCUGAGAAACCAAGCCAAGAGGGUGAUCAUCUGGAUGAGAGCACAGAAUCAGGAAGUGGAGAUAGUAACUAAAUAACAGACAUUAAAAAGGUUAAGGUAAGCUGCAGUUAAGAUCAUGAUCGUCUAAUUUUUGUCAUCCGUUCUGAAAGCUUCAUAAUGUCCACAGGGGUUUCAUAAAGUGGUUUAAUUGGUUCUCACAGGCAAACAGAUCUUUUUGAACUGAACUUCUUUGUGAGAAACACUUUCCUCUAGAUGGUCAAACCAGGCAGGCAAAAUUGACUUCACUUCCAGUUAACUUGUCCGGUGCCUGGCCCUUAAUGAAACCCCUGAAGUGUUCAUAUCUUGUUUUAAUUGGCACUGGAUGAGUGGUACAUGUACUAGUAUGCAAACUUAGUAUGCAGACAUUGGUUUUGGGCAGAGCAUGUAAUUUUCUUAUUUGUUCACAGAACAGAAAGGUACUCCUAUUUGAGUUUGCCUUUUUAAUAGUUUGCCCAGUCAGGGCAUGAGGAUGAGGGUAAAAAGAAUCAACGAAUUGUUUGUUUUGUUUUUGUUUGAAAACAUAACACUGGCAGGUACAUGUGGUUUUGUGGCUUUGAGGAAACAGACGCCUCAUCUUGCACUGAUUCCCUCCUAUGUGAGAAAAAUCAUGAUAAUGUUAGCAGAAUUUAAAAUUUCCAUGCGGACAAUAUUUCAUUAGAUGAUAAUUUGAUUUGGCCUUCUUCCAAUGUGACCCACCCCCCUCCCCGUGAGGUCAAAUGUCUUUUUAGCACUGAUUGUAUUUGAACUGUUUUUCUUGCAGCCUGUAUUAGGCGGUCACCCCAUAUUAAGUGGUCACUUAGCCAUUCCCCGAGGGUGACUGCUUAAUACAGGUUUGACUGCAGUUGCUUUAAACUUGAGUUGUCCGUUACCGCAGAUACGUACAGUCCACUAAAUUAGAUAUUAGUAUUGCAUUUUGAAGUUUUCUCUCACAGUGGAUGGAAACAAUCUUGCAACAUCAAAAUGUCUGUUUUCUCAAUCUAGCUAAGCAUAACAUGUAUUUAGGCUGGGGAGAGUGUUCAGGCAGGGCGCGAUGACCUGUUGAUUGCAAACUCAGAGAAUGAAAUUUGAUGUUUAACUAAUGAUAAAGAAUUGCCAUUGUUGUUUGGCUGUUAGAUGCUAUGAUACAAGGAGCUGUUUUGUUAUAUUUGGGAGCAAAAGGAAUCAUAUUUCAGUGCAAUUGUGCAUUUGAAUUUUUAUAAUAACUCUUUCUGAUGCACUAAGUUAUGGUAGAAAAUUUCAGGUAUUCUUUGUGUAGUAAAUUGUUACAGGGAUAUCAAGUUUGUGGGGUGUGGUUAAGUUGGUCAAUUUUUGUAUCUUGUUAUUUGGAAAACUUAUCAAGUAGCAGCUAUGAGUAAAUGAAAUUUGUUUCAUCAGUUUUGCACCCAAAAUUUGCAUUUAAAAUUGCAGCUAGAGAGUCUUGGGGCCUUAGAAGUAUUUUAGUGCAAAUAUGCCAUGGCCUGUUUCAAUUUAGUUCAGUUAGAUUGGCUCUAUGGUCUCCGACAAUUUUUUCCCCCAGUCAGAUGUGUGAUCUUGUUCAAAGUUUUGAAGGCUGUGCCAUUGAACUGAUGUGUUAUGGGUGCCAAAUGUAACCACAAUAUUGAUCCAUGGCAAAUUUCUACUAAUUAAAAACAGUAAUAAUUAAAAAUUACAUUGGUUGUCCCCAUUUUCUGUUCAAAAUUAAUUGACUAUAUUAAUUUUGUUACUAGAAAAUGCAACCUUCUAUAGCUCAAUUGUUAAAUAGCGCAUAUUAUGUAGCUUGAAUGUUUAGGGUUUUUUUUGGAUGUAUUUUUAGGCAUAUUUUGGUGAUGGUACUUGUUGCAUAAUCAUUGCCUCAUUGCCAUUGUGCAGUGAUAGUUAUAUGUUAUGUCUCCUUUUGGAGAGUAUUUUAUAUGUGUUCAUGUAAAUUUAACUAUUCAUAGAAUAUUGCUAUAUGCUGUACAAUGUAGCCACUAUUGUGGCAGUAGAGAAGUAGGCAAAAUUUA